AUGCUCAUCAACACGCAGUACACAGCGCAGAACCCAAGUCAGUCGUACCUCCCCGUGCUCGAGGGCGAGCCGAAUGCAGCGAGCACGGCCAACGCAUCGGCACCUCAGCCCUUUGGCGACCGCAGCGACAACGCCCUCAGCGGCAGCGUCAUGGAUCUCUCCGAGAAGGUUGACGAAGGAUUGCCGGAUGACACCGACGACGUGGACAUGCUCCUCGACGAGUCAGCGUCCGAAGUGGUCGUCGUGCCACGGUCCCUCCUUGCGUUGGACCUGGCGGGUCUGUAG